AUGUCAGCAAUUUCGACCACUCUCGUUCGACGGAACGCCAUCCGCCGGACUUCGGUGACGAGUCUCAAAGGCAAUCAUCCGAUUCCAAAGCGGAUGGGUGUACAUCGUGUAGAAGAUUGUGUCACUCCUCGCGCUUCCUCUGAUUCCGGUGCUUCACCUACCUCGAAAGCACCUGUGAAGAGGAUCAGCAAAGCCGCCAAGCUAAAGGCCAAAUUGCUCGCCGAUCGAUUUUGUCCACUUGAGGUCACUGGAGAUGACUCGGACGAGGACUCCUCAGACGAUGAUGACAGCUUCGAAGAUGACGAUGAUCUUCCGAAUUUGGACUCCGAUCCCGCUUCCAAACUCGAGAGUUUCAGGAGGCAGUUGUUGAAAAAUUGGGGCUAG